UCUGGCCCAGGAUUAAUCACUGCCCUUACAAUCAGGAAAAUCUUUCACUUAUUGGUCAUAGGAAAUUAUUGAAUUAAAAGGAUAACUUUCUUUAUCCGUAUGGAAAAUAAGUAAAGGACUAUUGAUGAAACUUUUGUCUGGUCUCUAGUUUUCAGAUAGUCCGACAGUUGCUGAUAGUUGCUCACAGGUUUGACAACCACAAUACCAGGUUUGGAUGGUAGCGGACAUAUUUCCCUCGUCCGUAGGUGAUACACAAACUCUCCACUCUCCGAAUCCCAUCUUUGGGUAAGAUGUCUUUGGUCACCAAGGUCGGGAACUUAAUGCGAAUCGUUAAGAGCAAUGGAGGAAUUAUUGGAACCAUAACGAACUCAUUCUGGACUGAUGACUUCAAAGAAAUACAUUUCGUUGGAGAAGACAAACAUGGAAACAAAUAUUAUGAAAAUGAUAUGUACUUUUUAGGAAGAAACCGUGUUGUCCACUACAAUGUACAAGCUGUAGGUUGGGAUAAAGAUGCAAGUCAAAUACCAGCAGAUUGGCACAGAUGGCUACACUAUACAACAGAUAACCCGCCCUCCAAGGUGCCCCCUAAAGAAAGGAUGUGGUUCGUCGAACACACAGAAAACAUGACGGGUACCAGUGGAGAGUAUGUACCAUACAGCACGGCCAGGCCGAAGAUUGAGAGCUGGGUACCACCAAAAGCAUAGUAGCUGGAAUGUGUGAAUGGACAAGUGUGUGUUAUACUGUGUACUUUGUAUAAAUACAAAUGUUAUAAAUUGU